ACAGCCGCAACUACAAAAAGCCUGCUGCCUUCCCCCAGUGUCAGGGGAAGGAGGACUUCUGCAGGGCAAGCCCUGAUACCAGCCCACCUGAGCGUGCUUUGGGGUUGCAUAGCUUGAGACAUGCCUGAACAGAAAAGUGAAUUUGGGCCCCUCAAGACUCAGGUUUGCUUGCUGCUGGUGCUGUGCCUGUGCCAAUGGACACAGCAAACUCUGGCAACACCAUGCCAGGGGAGCGAGAUGAGAGUGGUCAGUAAGGGUGUAAAGAAAUGCUGCCCUAAAUGCAUCUCAAGCACAGGCAACAAGCCAUGUGCAGAAAUUGAGGACACGGACUGCAGAUGUCCUCAGGGAUACAGCUGUGCUAAUCGGGUCUGCGACUCCUGUCAAAAACUGCCUGAAUGUGCAGAAGGCGAGGAGCUGGUUAAGUAUGGCAUUAUUGACUACUCAUUUAAAUGUAAACCAUGUGAGAUAGGAACCUAUUCUAAUGUUAAGAAUAGCUGGUGCCAAAACUGGACUGAUUGUGAAAGUUCUGGGUUUCUAACAAUGAAGCGAGGCAACAGGACACACAAUGUUGUGUGUGGCUUCCCUGUUAAUUUGGAGCAAGAUGACUCUAUGUAUACCACCAUCCUGGCCAUAUUUACUGCAGUGGCUGUAUUUGUUCUCAUCUUGCUGACCUUCUUCUUGCAUUUCUGCAUCUGGUCACUGAAGAAAGAAAAAUACCACAUGGUUGACAAUGUGGAACAUAACUUCUCUAGGCUGCUGCUGGCUCCACAACCACCACACCACCGAGAGGAGACUUACAGCUGCCAGUUUCCAGAAGAAGAACAUGGCGACAAAACGCCAGAAGAAAAGACUGGCUAUUUCCACCCUCAGAGUCCGCACUGAAAACAGAUAAAUUGCAAAGUGCCAUGAGAAUGAGGAACUGAGCUCAGCUGUUAAAAAAAAAUGAGAAGAAAAAAAAAAGGGAGGGACUGGGUGCAUAAAGCAUCAUUAUGUACAUAGCAAUAAGGAACGGGUUUGGGGGAGUUUUGCUUUGUUUCUUCUCAACAAAACUCGCGUUUAGAAACGAAGGAGCUGCUUAAGUCAGUCUGACAUUCAAUUCAGCUGCAUUGCUUUAGGCGGUUUUCCUGAGUUGUGGGUUGCUUUUUUGUUGUUAUUUGGUUGUUUUUCAUGCUCUUUAUAAUAUUGUUUGGGACAAGAGACCCUUCUUGUUAUUAUUCCACUUUGCAUCUUCUGCACAUGUCUGUGCGGUGCUCCUCCAGCCUGACUGGUGCCUGGCAGGCCGGUGUCCUGCCAUCAGCCCCUCCAGGGCUGCAGGAGGUAUGGAAAUAACUGUGCCGAGCAGUCAGAACUACUACUCUUCUUUGGGCAGGCUUUGCAUUCCUGCCAAGUCGCCCUUUUAGUUGGGCAGCAAAGGGCCUUUACUUUUAAUCCGUGAGCUACUCUGCUCUCCUACCACAACAGCACCUGCUGGCCAGUCUCGGUGCACAGAGGUGCCCAGGUGAGGCUGCUGUGGCCACGUUCUUUGUGUUUGCAGGGACUUUCCUAUGCACGCUCUGUCAUCCCUUCCAAAAAAACUGGAAGAAGAAGGGGGUGACAUUUAUCCAUGUUCUCCUCCACAACUCAGCUAUCUUUGGUACCUGGAAUGCUGAAUUAAAUACAAGAGAUUUCAGAAAGACUCAAGGAUCAUGCUAUCUAGAGAAAGACACAGGACUUAACGCACUCUUCUCACCUGGUUUAUAGAGCAGGAAAAGAUGGAUGUCUUAAUUAAUACAUCUGGAUGUGGAAAACAGAGAGAAGUCAACCACUUGUUCCUGAUGCUUUUUCUUCCCACUCCAGAAGAAAAGGAACCAGGUCUUCUGCUGAUGUGUACCAGCAUAGCUCCAAUGACUUGACCAUCAGCUGAAAGAUAUUCCCCUUAAUGAACAUUGAACAAUGCAGGAUUUUUUACUAGGGUGUCCUCAAGUUUCAUAGGGCUCUGACAUGGCUAGAAUUUGUCCUUUUGCCUCAAUUUAAAGGGGGAGUGUUUCAGUUGGUUGGUUUCUGUCAGUUGGCACUGAUUUCAGAUAAGAAUCCAGUCUGUGGCUUCAACUAAUUGAAAUGUUUUUCUCAUUUUUUAUAU